AUGUCUGAAUCACUAAGUCUCGGGUCGCUGGGAGUGCGGUGCCCUAUUACUGUUGAACGACUGCUGGUUGUGGCAGGAGAUGCGGUGUUGAGCAAGGGGACUAUGCUGUUCAAGUGGAGGCGGGGUGGGGAGCGGGGAGAGGUGCGGAUGCCGUACGGAGGACAGGUGGUGUCAUGGGGGGUGGAGGAAGGGGAGACGAUCGGGGACGGGGGAGCGGCGGUUGCGCGGGUGGAGGCAUGCAAGCACCCGGUGGAGUGGGGUGGGAUGUGUGCGAGCUGCGGAGACGAGGUGGGCACAUAUGCCGUGCGCCUCACCCAUGACGCCGUCGGACCCACCGUGUCCCACGAAGAGGCCUAUCGCAUCGAGCAGGAGACGGCCGAGCGGCUGACAAAGGCACGCAAACUCUCGCUCAUCGUCGAUCUCGACCAGACCGUUGUCCACGCCACCGUCGACCCCACCGUAGGCGAGUGGAUGGCCCAGGGCGAGCCCAAUCCCAACUAUACCGCUCUCAGGGAUGUCGCUCGCUUUGUCUUGGCCGACGGUUCGAGUCCCGAUGGGUGCUGGUACUAUAUAAAACCAAGACCUGGUCUGUCCCAGUUCCUGCGCAACUUGUCCGUCAAGUAUGAGAUGCAUGUCUAUACCAUGGGCACCCGCGCUUAUGCGACCGAAGUCUGCAAGGCCAUCGACCCAGACGGUUCGCUCUUUGCCGGUCGUAUCCUCAGUCGGGACGAGAGCGGGAGCAUGACACAAAAGAACAUCGAACGCUUGUUCCCUGUCGAUCAGUCAUGGUCGUCAUCAUCGACGACCGCGCCGAUGUCUGGAACACCCACCAGAACAACCUCGUCAAAGUCAUUCCCUGUCGACGACUUUUUCGUUGGUAUUGGUGAUAUUAAUGCUGGAUUAUUGCCCAAGCAGCAGGACGCUUUGCAGUUGCCUCCUGGUGCGACUGCUCCCCAGCCUGUGCCUGCACCCAAGGCCGAGGCCGAGUCCGCACCCGACCCCGCACCCACACCCGCACCCGAGUCUGAACAAAAAACCACUACUCCACCAGGAUCGCCCCGCCCUACACACGCAACGAUUCCAACCCCCCCGCCCCAGCCCCAACCCCCGCUGGAAGAAGAGCCAACCUCGGCUGACAAUCUGCCCAUCACAGACCCAACUCCCACCGACCCUCCCACCCCAGGCGAAGGCGAAACAACCACCGACGAAACAGACUCGACCGCCGAACCCCCACCACCCGCUGCCGCGACAGACUCCCUCGUCCCGACCCCUUCUCUCUCGUCCUCGACGCCCACCCUCGAGCAGCUCGAGGCCAAGCCGAGCCCAAACGAUGAUUCCGUGCGCGAGAGUUUGAUCGAGGCCGUCCGAGAGGAGAGGCCGCUUGCGAAGCGCUUGGAGGCUAUGGUUGCUGAGGAUCCUGUCGCUGGUAAUCAGCCUGAUCAGGUCCAGGCGAAUGCGCCUGCUCGGGCCGUUUUGAGAGACGAUGAUAGAGAGCUGGAUCGAAUUGCUUUGCUGUUGGACGAGAUUCAUGCCCGGUUUUACGAGGCUUACGAAAAAGAAUGGGUCAAUGCUAAUCCCAAAUCACGAAGAAAUGGUCCCAGGAACUUUAAUGUCCAGAAAAUUAUACCAAACAUUAAACGCCGGGUUCUUCAAGGCACGCAUAUACUAUUCUCGAGCGUUAUACCCAUGAACUCCGAAUUGUUUGGUGCACGGUGCCAUGCCAGACUUGGGCCCGAGAUCACUCACGUUGUUGCCGCCAAGCGCGGAACCGAAAAAGUCAACCAAGCGCGCGCACGAGGGACCAUUGCGAUCGUCAGGCCCGAAUGGCUCCAUCGGGUAGUAACGACGUGGACCCGUGCGCCCGAGGAAGAUUACCUUCUCGACCCUGCGGACCGGGACGACCUGAUCAGGCGCAACAGGGAGGAAGAAAAGACCCGAACCAACGCGGACCCGACCGCGGGCCCGACCGAGAUGGCGCUCGUCGUCGAGGAAGAAGAAAGCGCCCCCAAUCCCGGUUUGGUGGGCGAGUCGGGGAUUGGGACGCCUUUAGAGGCCGAAGUGCGCGAGCAGGUGGAUAAUAUUCUGCAUGGGUUCGAUUAUCAGGCCGAGUUGGACGCGUUGAUGGAUUCGGAUACUGAAACUGAUGAUGGGAGUGUUUCCAGUCGAGGGAGUACCCCUGUUCCUGGUUCGUCCCAGCCGUUGAAACGACAACGAAGUAUCACGGCUGGGAUUGUUACGAGCGGCCUGGAUCCUAAUGAUCCAAUGACGAGGUCUCCUCUUGCAAAACGGAAAAGACUGACCGAGAUGAGGGGGUCGAGUCGGCUUGGGACCGAGAUGGAAGUUAAUGGUGUCACGGCCAACGGGGAAGACGAUGAUGAUGAUGAUGACUCGUCAUCGUCCUCUAGCGACUCGGACAUUGAAGACUUUCUAGCCGACGGUUUAUUCGGAGAAGGGGAGGAAGAGGAGGAAGAGGAGACAGAGGGAUAA